GCUGUGCCUCCUUUCCUGCAGCUCUACCAGGAUGAAUCUGUGUCUGACCACCCUCUGCCUUGGCUUGGGACUGGCCUUCGGUGCUCCGAGAGCAGACCAUGAUCUGGACAGCCACUGGCAGCUGUGGAAGUCGUGGCACAACAAGGACUACCAUGAGAGAGAGGAAAGCUGGAGAAGAGUGGUGUGGGAGAAGAAUCUGAAGAUGAUUGAGCUCCAUAAUCUGGAUCACUCUCUGGGGAAGCACAGCUACAAGCUGGGAAUGAAUCAGUUCGGUGACAUGACAACUGAGGAGUUCAGACAGCUGAUGAAUGGCUAUGCACACAAGAAGUCAGAAAGGAAGUACAGAGGAUCCCAGUUUCUUGAGCCCAACUUCCUGGAAGUGCCACGAUCAGUAGACUGGAGAGAGAAGGGAUAUGUCACUCCAGUUAAAGACCAGGGUCAGUGUGGCUCUUGCUGGGCUUUCAGCACAACAGGAGCUCUUGAAGGGCAGCACUACAGAAAAACUGGCAGACUUGUUUCACUGAGUGAACAGAAUCUGGUGGACUGCUCCCGACCUGAAGGGAAUCAGGGCUGCAGUGGUGGUCUCAUGGACCAGGCUUUCCAGUACGUGCAGGAUAAUGGGGGCAUUGAUUCAGAGGAGUCCUACCCAUACAUAGCAAAGGAUGAUGAAGACUGUCACUACAAUGAAGAGUACAAUGCUGCUAAUGACACUGGCUUCGUUGACAUCCCUCAAGGACAUGAAAGAGCUCUCAUGAAAGCAGUAGCAGCUGUGGGUCCAGUGUCUGUUGCUAUUGAUGCAGGCCACCCUUCAUUCCAGUUCUAUCAGUCAGGUAUCUACUAUGAACCAGACUGCAGCAGUGAGGACCUUGACCAUGGUGUUCUGGUUGUAGGUUAUGGUUUUGAGGGGGAAGACAUAGAUGGGAAAAAAUACUGGAUUGUUAAGAACAGCUGGGGUGAGAAGUGGGGUGACAAAGGAUAUAUCUACAUGGCCAAGGACAGGAAGAACCACUGUGGAAUAGCAACAGCUGCUAGCUAUCCACUUGUAUAACUUGAAGACUGAACAUUUCAGUGCAAGAGGGGAUUUAAACAA